AAUAAUUUAAUUAACCGUUGCCGACGUACAUUACCUAUCAAUAAGUGAUCAAAUUACUUUUCCCGAUUUCUUGAAGUAUUUAAUUGAACUCGGGUUUAAGUGCUAAACAAAUGUAAACCAGUUGGAGCGAAAGUUCAAGUGUAGCGAAAUGAUCGUGCAAAAGCAUUUAGUACCCCCCUCAUCUCUCGAUGUGGCUGUGAUCAACGCUGUUGAAGAUAGUAUACAAUACCGAUAGAAGCGGCUUUCCGGUGAGCAUACACGUGAAUUUUAAGUGCGGUGUCUGGUGUCUCGACUUGUGAUGUGGGUGGGUGUGUCUCUAAAAAGUAUGACUUUUUGUUAAAAUAACCAGAGGGUUUAUAGAAAUCGUCUUAGUAUCAAUCUUGGAGGGAAACUUAAGUGCAUGAAGAAAGAAUUGAAAGAACAUCGUCAGAAGUAAUCAUUUUAAAAAUACAAAAAAAAUAUCAGUCUCUUCAUUGAAGGGUAGUAAUUAGGAUGCGAAAACUACAGUGUGUCCAAACGAACCCCUUUUGAUUAUUAUUAUUAUUUUUUUUUUGGAGGUUUUAGUCUUUACUUUCAACUUCGAAAUUAACUUUCAUAGAGAUUUAAAAUUUGCCGAAACUAAAAUUUUCUGGUGAUCCUGCGAAGUCUUUAUUAGUCAACAGUUGUGAAUUCUCGUUAAAUACUGGUGUGUAGCAUCUUCAGACGAAAUGACAGCAGAGGAGCAUACGGUCAGAUCCGCUCAGGAGACGUUUCCAUAUCCAAAAUCAACAUUUUUCAUAAAUAGUCAUGCACUCUGUCAGCGUUAUUCGUUCUACGGCGUCUGUUACAUUGCAGCCCUUUAUUUGCGAGAUAACUUAAAAUAUACGGAGGGAACCGCAACACAGAUCCUCCAUGUGGUUUACUUUCUUCUUAGUGCUCUUCCAAUUAUUGGUGGAACCUUAGCAGAUUCCAACAUAGGAAUGUACAAAGCAAUAAUUGUUUCUACUUUGAUACACCUAAUAGGAAACACGAUACUACCUUUUGCAUCCACGCCAUGGCUCAUCACCCUCAGGGAAUUUUCAUUACUGGGAAUGUUCCUAACUGCAAUCGGGGCCGGACUUUUGAGGCCCAUUUUAAGCACGUUUGGAGGAGAGCAAUUCGUGCUACCGCAGCAAGCCAAACAGCUUGCCACCUACUUCUCCAUUUUUUACUUCAGCUGCCAGGUGGGCCCUUUUUUUGCUGCCAUUACGAGUCCCAUUAUCAGAAGGGACGUCAAGUGUUUUGGUCAGAAAUCCUGCUACCCCUUGGCUUUUGGGAUUCCUGCUAUUGUAAUGGCUAUAGGCUUUGUUUUGCUUGUUUGCGGAAGGCGUCGUUACACAGUGCCACAGUCCGGAGAAAGCAUCCUCCUUAACAUGUUGAAAUGUAUUUUUUACGCCCUAAGACGAAGGAUAUCAUCAAAUAAACCGCGGAAAAAUGUAUCUCAUUGGCUCGAGUACGCAGGAGACAAAUUUGACCCUGAGCUAUUGACCAAUGCCAAAGAUGUUCUAAAUGUGCUCGUCAUGUACAUACCGACGCCUAUGUUCUUUGCUCUCCAUGACCAAGUGAUUUCUAGCUGGGUUUAUCAGGCGUCUAAAAUGGAUGGCGUCGUACCAAACUGGUUCACUAUUCAAGCAGACCAAAUGAAUUCGUUCAACCCGAUAUGUUGCAUGUUGUUCAUACCCCUGCUAGAGCUCGUUAUAUAUCCGGCAUUGGCAAAAGUUGGCAUCAAAAGACCUUUGCAGUAUAUCACUAUUGGUGCAUUAUUAUGUGCAUCGUCGUUUGUUUUAGCAGCUUACGUUGAAUAUAAGCAAGAGCCGUGCUAUGCCCAGUUGCCCUCGCCCGGUCAGGGACAAUUGAGGAUUUUCAACGGCCUGCCGUGUCCAGUUGAUAUAAAUUUUCCCGACAAAAACAACCAUGUUAUUCCUGCACACGGGGAUCUUCAGUGGACUGACUUGCAAGUGCAGAACACGCGGAAAUUCAACACAAAAUUAGCUUUAAACGAAGAUUUUGCCUGUAGGAACAUUAUUGUGCCAAAAAGCUGGAUGCAAGAGCUGUCUAUCUUCGAAGAAAAGAGCGUUUCAUACAUUUUGACUGUUUUAAAUGCCACUGCCGAUAUUCAAAGGAUCCCGGGAUACGAUGAUGUUUCAAAAUCACAAAGCAAUGUGCCUGUUCUCAGAGUAAUUCAUAAUUUGGAAGGAAAUCUCGUAUUGAAGAACCAGUACGGUGGAGAAUUCGUUUUAAAACUUUCAUUGUCUGACCCAGUAACAUCCAUGAUUGAGGUGGACUCUGCCAGUUACCAGGUCGUUUACGAAAAUGAAAUAAUUUUAUCCGACUUACCAAUUAAGAGUGGAGGUGUUUACACAUUGGUGCUUCAAAAGAUCGACUCCAAAAUCACGGGGAGUAUUCACAUAAUAACGCCUCCCGCUACUUUACACAUGCUGUGGAUGCUGCCUCAAACUAUCAUCUUAGCGUUUGCUGAACUUAUGUUUCAAAUAACUUACUUAUCCUUUAUUUUCACCGAGGCUCCAGAGAAAAUGAAAUGCAUAAUGUCCUCUCUGUUCUCCUUGAGCAUGGCUUUUGGCAGUGUAAUAGUCGUGUUGAUCACACGAGCUGGACUGUUCCAUAGACAGUCCCUCGAAUUCUUAUUUUAUGCUGGCCUCAUGCUUCUGGACGUUAUGCUGCUCAUAUUAUUGUCGGUGCGGUACAAAUAUAGGAACUUGAGGCCAAUCAAAAACGACGAGAUGUCCAAAAAGGAGUUAGAAUCUGACAUGAAGGCUGUCACUUGCGAUGAAACAGUGGCUUGAGCUUUCAAAAGUCCCCUUAACUAUAAUGCCAAUCAAUUCUUGGGCCUAAAAAUACCUAUCUUUCAGUAUUAUAAGUUCAAGUAACCAAA